UGGGUUACUGAACUUUUGAAAUACCAGUAUAUGCUACACCACAAAGCCAGGACAGCAAAUAGGAAGGCUGACUUGUUGAGCAGGCAGAUAGACCAUAACCAGAGAGGGGAGGAUAAUGAUGGGGUGGUUGUUAUGAUUUUUUCCUCCUUUUUCCCUUAUUCCCCCUAUUUAUGCUUAGUCAUAAAGGCACAAGACCGUGGGAAAGGCGUAGCCACAAUAACCCGCCGCCCAAUAAACAAAGAUCAGAAACACACAAUCGCCCUUUUAUGUACAGUAACGAUGCUCAAGGACAACGGGCACCAUGGACACAGACACACAUAA